AUGGCUGACAUGAAGGUCACCAAAGUAGGAUCAGUAGAUGCCCGUGUCAAACCAGAAAUCAACGGGAAGGAUCCAGCCACGGGAGACUGGGUGUUGUUCAGGGAUGAUCUGGACAAGCCAUUAUUUUUAGGCCAUUUUCCGCAGGAGCUCUGCCCCAAGCUGAAUGGCGGGGCACCUCAAAUGGCAUGGAAUGGGUUUGUGAGCUACCCAAACAACGAUCCAGGGCCUGAAAUGGGAAGCGGCCAUUUUCCUGAAGAAGGGGACAGAAGAGCGGCGUACAUCAAGAACAUCAAGUUCUUUGACUCCCAUGGCCAUGGCCAUGAACCUAAUACUGAGCUGCUACUCCGGGUCCUUGACAAGCCAGACUGCUACAAUGUUAGUUACAUCGAUUGUGAAGUAAAGGAUCGCUGCUAUUUUUCCUAUGGUGGGCCAAGCGGUUGUAUUGGCUGA